GGCUCCAAGACGCGACGACACGAAUGCGACUUUCCGUAUCCAAACUUGUUCUGAAUCUCAAUAUAUAUAUAUAUAAAUAAAUAGAGUUUUCCUGUUCUUCGUUAUCAGCUGUCAUCUUGGCUUAAAUCUGACAUAGACCCAGAGACACAAAAAAUAUUCGAGAGUGAGAGAGAUGGAACUAACCCUUGAUUUGACCAGGGUCUUUGUCCCCAUAACCGUCUCCGAACUCGUCACAGAAAUUUCAACCGCCGGAAAUAACUCAGAGAAACUGUUAAAGCUUCACGAUUGUAUGCAAAGAUUGAAAGAUGAACGAAGCAAGAUUGAAGGUUUCAAACGCGAGCUUCCUCUCUGUAUGCAUCUUUUAAACGAUGCUAUUGGGAGGUUGAAGGAAGCAGCAAUGCAUUGUAUGGAAAGCGAUAGCGAUGACAAGAAGAAUUGGAUGAACUCUGCUAAGCUCUGGAUCACCGGCCCCGAUCAUGAUUACAAGAAAGAAGAAUCAGCUUCAGAAGCAAAAUUGCAUGGUGAAGAAGACGAUCGGUCUGUACUGGAGAACCCGAUUCAGCCACAAAGUAACCGAAACAUGGGAGGGAAUUUUCCGUCAUUGAAGGAAGAGAACGAGGUUUCACAAGUCACUAGCCUUUCGCUUAUGACUCCACUGCCUGAACUGAAUCCAAGCGAUUCGGUUUCCAAAAGAAGAACCUCUUUUGGUUGUAGAGGUAGUAAUUCUGGUUCAUCUUUGUUAACAGAACCACCUAGGAAACAAAGGCGGUACUGGUCGCCGCAGCUGCACCGAUGUUUCUUCGAGGCUGUCCAACAACUUGGGGGAGAGCAGGUGGCCACCCCUAAACAAAUUAGAGAACUCAUGCAGGUGGAUGGUCUAACAAAUGAUGAAGUGAAAAGCCAUUUGCAAGUGGGUAUUCAUGGCCUGUUUUCUCAAGUUUUAUCCUAUAUAAUUCCUUCCUCUCUUUUGUUUAAGGUGAUUUAUUUAGAUAUCAUGCCAUGGCAGAAAUACAGACUUCAUGUCCAAAGACAUUCAUUUUCUUCAUCUGCAAAUGGUUUAUGGAUGGCCCAAGAUCAACAUAGAAAACGCUCAAAUCCAAAGACCUCUCAGUCUGGUUCUGCAAAGGGUAACCUUCUUGCUGAUGGGUCUGCUAAAGGUCUAUUUAGUAUUGGAGACGACAGCAAGGUAGCAGAAGCAGAUGAGGAAUCAGAUGGUCAUAGCUGCAAAGGUGGGCUUCAAGAGCCAUGAGAAGAUUGUGCAGACUCUCAUUAAACCCCCAAGAGAUUUCAGAUACAAAUACCCAUUGGGGAUUCAGAAUUUAUGAACAUAUAAUUACUAUUAUUGACACAGAGAGAAGAAUUCAUAAUUUCAUACUAACGUUGUUUUUUGUCCUUUGUUUUCUGGAGGAACUACUUCAGAGAAAGGUGAUAAGGUAGGUUGUUCCUCUGUUUUUGAAGAGGUUUAUGCUAUGGCCAUAGGGGACAUAUGAACUCUAAAGACAGACGACAGUCUCUUUUCAAACGAUGCUAUCUGAAACAUGUCUGAAUUUAACUUC